AUGAACAGAGAACAAGAAGAUAUGCAAUUUCUUGGGCUCUAUGGUGUUUACAAAGAAUCCUUCAAGAUCAUACUUUCAUGGAGGAAUAUCUUCAGCCAGAUAACCUUAACUCUUGUCCUCCCUUUCUCCUUCAUCUUCCUUAUUCACAUACAAAUAUCCCAUUUCCUCUACAGGAAGAUCAUUCACAACAUAGAGGAAAUAAUCGAAACCCCACAGGGCACACCCCAAUACCAGAACCUCUCUGACAUGAUCACCUCUGAAUAUGCCACUUUCUGGCUCUUUAAGCUCGUUUACUUCACUUUUCUAUUCAUCUUCUUACUCCUAUCCACUUCUGCAGUAGUAUACACCAUCGCUUCCUUUUAUACUGCAAGAGAUAUAACUUUCAGCAAGGUCAUGAGCGUUAUUCCAAUGGUCCUGAAGAGACUUAUGGUCACCUUUAUGUGCACCAUCUUUGCUUUUUUAGCUUACAACGCUAUGGCAGUGUUUAUUUUCAUCGUAUAUGCCCUUACUAUUGGGGUACAGAGUGGUGGGAUUCUAGGUUUAGUGGUUAUAGGGAUCUUAUAUUUAAUAGGGUUUGUGUACCUUGCAGUGGUUUGGCAAUUAUCUAGUGUUGUGACGGUGUUGGAAGACUCGUAUGGAGUUGAAGCCAUGAUGAUGAGCAAUGAAUUGAUAAAGGGGAAGAUGGGUUUGUCCUUACUCAUAUUUUUGAAACUCAUCGUUUCCUUUAUCCUGGUACAGUUUUUGUUUAAGAAAGUGGAAGUGGUAUUCGUGCAUGGAUGGAGGCUGAGUUUGGUGGACAGAACGGCAUUUGGGAUGCUGCGUUUCUUGAUGAUGUCUCAUUUGUUCAUUUUUGGACUUGUUCUCCAAUCUGUGCUCUAUUUUGUUUGCAAGUCCUACCAGUAUCAGAAUAUUGACGAGUCUGAUUUGUUAGAUGACCUUGAAGACUAUCACGGAGAGUACUAUGAGCCAUUGAAGGCUAAAGAUGUUCACCAGGAGCAAUCGCAUGUGUGA